GGGCCGCGGCGCCGCUUCCGGCGGCGAUGGCGAUGGCGGCAGCGGGACUGGGACCCGGCGAGGCCGCCGCGGCCGCUCACGCUCUGUCGCUGCCGGCCGAGGCCUUCGGCAACGAUCCCCGCGUGGAGCUGGCCUGGGCCAUGAAGGCACACCAGCAUGCCCAGGUCUACUUCAAUCUCAUCUCCUCCGUUGACCCCAAGUUUCUGAAUCUCACCAAAGUUGACGACCAGAUCUACAGUGAGUUCAGGAAAACCUUUAGGGACCUUAAAAUCGAUGUGCUUGACCCAGAAGAGCUAAAAUCAGAGCCAGCCAAGGAGAAAUGGCGUCCGUUCUGCCUGCAGUUCGAGGGGGUGGUGGAGGAUUUCAACUAUGGCACCCUGCUCCGCCUGGACUGCCACAAGGGCUACACUGAGGAGAACACCAUCUUCGCCACCAGAAUCCAGUUUUUCGCCAUUGAGAUUGCUCGGAACAGAGAGGGCUGUAACUGCGCCAUCUACAGCAGGGCCCGGGAGCCGGCUGCUGCCUCGCACGGGGCCUUGGCCUGAGAACAGGGCAACACACAUGGUGCCGCGUCGAGGAGGGGCAGGGGAGGCUCCCGUGGCUGUCCCUGCUCUUCCACCUUGCCUUUGCAGACUGUACAAUAAAUGUGUUUUGUAAAAACCCCA